AUGUUAGCAAGUAGUGAAAUGCAAAUUCGUCGUACAGCAGGCUCUCGUCCUAUUGGUCAAACAGGUUCAUCAUCAACUGGUACAUCAGCAUCACCAAUUGGCAAUGAUAAACGAAAACAUGAAUCUAUUUUAUAUAGUGAUGCAGCUGUUCGUUUUAAUGAAAAUAGUCUUGAACAAUGUCGUACAUCUGUUAGUGCAUUAUCCGGUUGUGUUGCUGGUAUAAUUGGUCUUACAUCAUAUAAGGGUUUUCUUUUUUAUGGUUUCUCAAUGUUUCUUUUAUCGGUACUUAUAUUUAUGUUUAUUCGACAUGAACAUCGAAAAUUUUUUACCGGACUAAAUCAUGUUUUCGUUAAUGGAUUUUUUAAUGGUCUACUUACUUAUGUACUCUUUUGGACAUUUCUCUAUGGAAUGGUUCAUGUUUAUUAA